CAGUCCAAUGUAGGGAAGAUGUCUUCUGGCCGUCCCAUCAAGUGUGUGGUGGUAGGAGACGGAACAGUGGGCAAGACAUGCAUGCUCAUCUCCUACACUACCGACUCCUUCCCCAAGGAAUACGUGCCCACAGUGUUUGAUAAUUAUUCUGCACCAAUGGUAGUGGACAGCAUCCCAGUCAGUUUAGGCUUGUGGGACACUGCCGGCCAAGAGGACUAUGACAGGCUGCGGCCACUCUCCUACCCACAGACAGACGUGUUUCUGAUCUGCUUUAGUGUGGUUAGCCCUUCCUCGUGUGAAAAUGUCACCUCUAAAUGGUAUCCAGAGAUCAAACACCACUGCCCUGAUGCACCAAUUAUUCUUGUGGGCACUAAGAUGGAUCUUCGGGAGGACAAAGAAACACUGGCCCUCCUCUCUGACCAGGGCCAGUCUCCAGUGAAGCGGGAGGCUGGCCAGAAGCUAGCCAAUAAGAUCAGAGCAGUGAAGUACAUGGAAUGCUCUGCACUAACACAACGAGGACUCAAACAGGUAUUUGACGAGGCCGUGAGAGCAGUGCUUCGGCCCGAGCCAGUCAAGAGAAGACAGCGCAAGUGCUCGGUUCUCUAAACUCCCGAGUGCUCUUACUGUCUGUCCCCAGUUGUCUCACUCCCUCUGUCUCACCACUUAUAGUCAAGCAAGCACCAAGUUAGUCUCUGACCCAUGUUACUGAGUCACAGGGAUUUGGUGACCAGAUAUAAAUAUAUAUACAUAUAUAUUUUCUUUAAAAUUGUAUAUCGUUUCCUGGAUCUUUGUGCCACCAAAAUUAUCUUAAAAUUUUUAUCUAAUUUGUGAAAUCUUUUGCUGGAGUUAUUAGUUGUUAACUUUAUUUGUUGCUGAGUGGGAAAUUGCAAACUUCAAAAUGAUAAUAUGUUGAGCUUAAGCUAAGUAAAUAGAGCCAGUUUUUGUGUGCUUGUGUAUGCAUGUAUGCAUUCAUACAUGUUGGAAUGUGUGUAUGUCUGUAUCCCUCCAUUGUCCCUCCUCUCCAGUAUGUAACCUAUUUUCACUUAGGUAUCAUCAGAGAACAGUUUUUAAUUUUGUUUUUUAUCUAAUUAAUUUAUUUUUCAUUAAUUACUUUUUUAAAGGUUUGUCCUUGUCUCUCAGAAGGCAGCAUUUGGGCUGUUCAUUAGAGAGAAAGUGUCCCCCUGUGGUAGUGACAGGACACAGAAGCAGCUUUGGUUUUAUGGAUUUUUGUAGUCUUCAACUCCUUAAAUGUUUGUUUACUUGUACCAGUAUAUUAACAGCUUUAACUUUCAGUAAUGUAGAAAAUUUCCCAAGAUUGUUUACAUCAAUUUACAACUCAGCUUUAACAAAGGCAUUUCCAAGCUAUUCUGAAACUGAGCAUUUUUGUAUUCAGUAUCAAUGUUUGUGGAAAAAUUUCAGUGUUUCUUUGUAAAGUUUGAUCAAGUUUACCUGAUCGCCAGACCAAGCCAAGGCUUCCCUUGUGUCUCCCUUCCCCAGCUCUACUCUCACCUAUCAUGCUCACGUCCUCCCUCUACAUUGUGUGUGGUCAAAUUGCAUUUAUUUUAUCACCAGAAUACUUGUAUUUGAUAAUAUAUUGCACAUUUUUAUUAAGCUCGUGUCAAAAUCCUUUUGCUUGAUUUCUGAGGUAAACUCACUCCACUCCCCUAGCUCAUGUAGUCUUCCAUUGAUUCUUCUCCUCAAUGUAUCUGCCAUUGGGUUAAUGAGAUGAAGGUGUAUGAAAUCAUUGUUUUUUCUCAUGCUCAUGGUCAGGGUCACCAUCACCACUCAGUGAAUACCAAUUACCAAAGAGCAAAUGUUUUGGAUACUGGAGUUUGAUAGCCACAAAUUAUUGCUCACUUGUUGACACUUGGCAGCGAUGGCUUGUAAUCAUAAAGUUAAUCAUAACAUAUGAUAUCAUUUAAUCAAGAAACACACACACACACACACACAGAAUUCACUUGGUAGAAUUGAUAUUGGAUAAAUUGUGAAUGAACUGUCUUUAUAGAUAUGUCACACCGAGCUGUUGGAAUUCAUUGCAGGUUGCUUUACAGUUGGUAUCUCUCUGUUAGGGAAGGUAUGGGUGGCAGGUAGCAGUGGUGUUGGUGAGGGAGAUAUUUCAUGGGACACUACCACUCAUUGGUCAAUACAAAUUGGUCCUAGGUCUGUUUCAGUACUUGGAUGUCUUUUGCAGAAGACUACCAAAUGCAUAGUGAAAAGUCUAAUAAAUUAAGAAUGCAACAUUAUGAAAUUCAUCUUGUAAAUAAACUUUUGUUUUAAGUUGUCAU